AUGGCGCCCACUAUCCACCUUGUUCGCCACGCCCAAGGCUUCCACAAUCUCUCCAUCGAGAAUGAGUCGAUGCAAGACCCUGACUUGACUCCUCUUGGAGAGGAGCAGUGCGCUGCUCUGCGCAAAGAGUUCCCUCACCACGAUAAGCUUACCAAGCUCUUCGCUUCGCCUAUGCGUCGCACCGUUUACACAUGUCUCCAUGCUUUUGGAACAGAGGAUCUCAAGCCAAUCAUUGCUAUGCCUGUUUUUCAGGAAGUCUCUGCUAAUCCUUGCGACACUGGCUCCGCAGUGGCUAAGGUGCAGGCCGAGUUUCAGGGCAUCGCUGACUACUCCCGGGUAGAGGAUUCGUGGACUGAUAAGGGUCCCGACAGCGAAUAUGAACCCACAGUCGAGAAGCUCACUGCCCGUGGUCUGAAAGCUAGGAAAGCCCUGAGGGAUCUUGUGAGUGGUGAUGAACACAUUGUUGUUGUGUCUCAUGGGGGAUUCUUGCACUUUCUGACUGAUGAUUGGUAUGGUGUCCCUGAGGAAAGAGCCACCGGUUGGUCAAACUGCGAGUUUCGCUCGUAUCAAUUUGUCGAUCCUGACGGUGACGACGAGGAUGCUGCGCUACUCGAAACCGAAGAAAGCUGGCAUAGACGUCGCGGCGAUACAAAGCCUCCUACUCGCACAGAAUUACGUCAGGUAAAGCCCGUUGCUCAGAAGGCUAUGGCUCCAUACUUGAAUCUCCAGAUGCCUAACUAA